AUGUUACCAGAGUCUAGACUCAGAUCACUAUAUUCAGAUUUUAGGGAGCUUAAGUUAGUUAACAUCGACGGAUAUGAGGCGAACAUAAGGCAAUGGAAGGAGUAUUUAAUUAAGGAAUAUUGGCAAAAUUCAGUAAUUAUUAAUGGAGAUGAUAUCAUCUCUGAUUUAACUAUACCACAGUAUGGUGCUCCAAAGAGUAUUGAUGUUGUUCUUGAUGAGAUGGUGAAGGAUGGGACAAUAGUCCCUAUGGAAAGAUACCUAAAAAGGAAUGAGAGUGUUCUAAUUUCGAUGCUAAAGUGGACAAUCAACAAGGUUGUCGUGGAUUUAUCAUGGAAAAGCAGGUCGAACGAAGGCACUCGAUACUUAAAACCUGUGAAAUAUGUGAACGUCUUUUGGCUAAAGCAUAACAGUGAAACGAUACAAAAACUAUUACAGGAAAAUAUAUACGAAUGUUCCAUAAAACCCACUGAUUACAUCUUCACAAAGGAGCACUUUUACAAAAAAUCGGGAAUUGACACCAUAGUAAAAGAUUGGGAUUCUUACAAUAUAAUACUUGAUUAUUUGUGUGAUCAGAAUAAUAUUGUCAUGGCUUCAGAUGACGAAUCUGAUGUCAUUAAGGUAAUUUCUCCACUGUCCCUUAACAUAACUGGUAUCUCCCAAGAAAUUGCAGACUCCGAUAUUUACGUGGCUAAAAUCAACCACUAUGUGUUCAUUGCGGAAUCAGAGAUCACAUCGGCUCAAAAAGUGGUUGAACUAACUGGAAAGAGGCUUUCCAACGCAAUUUCUUCCGGUCUUUCACUUGAAAUAAAGAGAACAUUACUCCGUUUGAAAAAGAGGGCAGAAAAGAAUUUGGAACAGGCGUAUAUUAGUCUUGAAUCCCUAAAGAAACUUCAAGAAGAAAUAUCUAAUGCAACACAAACCGUUUCCAUGGUAAAAAUCAUGAGCCAAGGAAGUUCUGCAUUAAAAUCUAUCAAUAAACAACUGAUAGAUGAAGAGUCUAUUGCUGAUAUGUUAGAUGAAUUCCAAGAAAACAAUGAGAAGCAGGAACGCAUCAGCAAACUAUUGGCUGGAGAAUCUAUUACAGACGAAACAGCUAUAGAAAAAGAACUCUCAUCAUUAGAAAAUGAAUUACGUGAGGAUGAAUCACAAAAGCCAAAGAUCCAGGAAACCCAACACGAUUCACCAUCGCUGGAAGAAUCAGAAAAACACAGUUCUUCAACUGAGGAUCUCAUCAAAAGACUAGAAACGUUGAAAGUCUCUUCUGGCGAUAUAAUUGAAGCCAAGAGGAGGAAAGAAAAGGAUGAAGAAGAAGAUACUGAAAUGAAACAACCAGAAUUAGCAUGA